GCCGUAGAAUGUGUCAGAAAUCCGUGGAUGCCCAUGCUCAGCCUUCAAGCUGCCACCAAAACUUGACUUUUCAACCUGUUCUCUGACAUCACCCCAUCGUCAACGCAUCCUUUUUUUCCUUCUCUUUCUAUUUAAAAAUAAGAAGGAGUUCUUGCAUCCCACUCAUCUCUUUCCCUCUUCACCCACAUCACACAUACAGCCAUGUCGGAAACCAACACUCCCGAGGUUCUCUGGGCCCAGCGCUCUUCCAGCACCGACGCCGACAAGAACUUUGUCUACCUCACCAUCUCCGUCCCCGAUGUCCCCAAGGACGACAUCAAGCUGGACGUCAAGCCCACGUCUCUCUCCUUCACCGGUACCUCUGGCACGCUCAAGCGCAAGUACCACGUCGACCUUGAGUUCUUUGCCGAGAUUGACCCCUCCGCCAGCCAGAUCAACCACACCUCCAAGAACAUCGAGAUGAAGCUCCAGAAGAAGGACCUCAAGGAGGAGUACUGGCCCCGCCUGCUCAAGGAAAACAAGAGACUCCACUUCCUCAAGACCGACUUCGACAAGUGGGUUGACGAGGACGAGCAGAACGAGGCUCCCGAGGAGGACUUCUCCCAGUUCGGCGGCAUGGGCGGUAUGCCCGGCAUGGGUGCCGGCGGCGACUUUGGCGGCAUCGACUUCUCCAAGCUCGGCGGCGGCGGUGGCAUGCCCGACCUCAGCGCUCUCGGCGGCGAGGACGGCGAGUCCAGCGGCGACGAGGAGGAUGACGUCGAGGAGGUCCCCCGCAACGACUAAGCACGCCAUUUCCUUGCGACAAAAACUGAAAACUCCCCCAAGUUUUCGCGGUGCUAUUCACUUAGCUCGACGACCGUGUAGAGAGAGGCAGCAGCAGCCAUACAGUGGUGGGUGCAAAGAAGAGGCACCACCAAUCACCGCCUUUGACAUUCAUUUACACGCCGUGUUUGUUUCACGGCGUGACUUGCAGAAAGAAAAAGUUUAAGACUGGAGUUAACUGCCCUAUCAGUUGGAGUUCGGUAUCGAGAGUUUGGUAAUACCGUGGCGUUGUAGCUUUAUUAGUACAAUAGAAAAAACAGUAAAAUCCUUUGACUUUAAGUUUCCUAUGCGUGAUGGUCUGGUGUCGUACCAUUAGUCCCUCUCACAGACGCCUAUUACAUGGCAGUAGCUAGCUUAUAAUUCAAUACAUCACGUCGAUUCAGUCACAUUGUUUGCACUUGAGUAUUGCAUUAAAAAAUCACAAUUUAACUUGGUAUCUCGCAUAUUACAAUCGCUCCACCAGCCACAUUUCUUCCCCAAACUUUGUAUUUUCAAUAAAUAGUAUUACACCCAUGUGGCGUGGUAGCACCCAGGAUCCAAUCAUUUACUGAGAAAUGUUGUUAGCAAAGUUUAACAAGAGUCAAAACAAAGGCUGCAAACUUACAAGAUCCUCCUCCAUGGUGGCGUCAGCGGCGACGGGGGCAGCAGCAGGGGCAGCAGGGGCGGCGUUGUCAGUAGCAGAAGCAGACUUGAAGUAGUCGCCCAUCUCAGAGUCGAGCUCUUCAACACUCUUCUUCACAGGGCGCGCAUUCUUGGCACGGCCCUUCUUACCAGCGGCACCCUUCUUACCGGCAGCACCCUUGGCGUCCUUGUUCUGCUUGGUGGCAGCGGACUUGGGCUGAGCCUUGGCCUGGCCCUUGGGCUGGCUGGUGCGCUCAGCAAGAGUCUUGACGGUGGGCAUAACCUUGUCAGCCUGGGCAGCGCCAACAACAAUCUCAAUCUAUCAUCAUCGUUAGCAUCAAAUAAAGAGUCCGUUGCAAAAGUAGAACGAACCUUGAUGGGGCGGUUGUCGACAAGGAGACCGUUGAGCUUCUGGAAUGCCAGGCUAGCACCAUCGGGCUUGUGGAAGAUCACGUUGGCAAUGCCGCGAGACUGCGAGUUGGGACCGUAGGAGAUCUCGACUCGCUUGAUGGGGCCAACAGACUGCACAAAGUACUCCUAAUUUGCAGAAAAAGUUUGGUUAGUUUAUCGGGGUGGCUUUUCAAAGGUGUUAAAGGUCCAAUAUCCGAGCCUCCAGUCGAUUAAGCCUCAAAUUUUCUAUGCCAUCCGAGGCAAGUGGCAUGUAAAUAGUUGUCAAGUAGCAACACAGUGAAUUGUUGGUGAUGGGUGCAUCAAUCAUACCAAACGCAUCUGUAAAAGCGUCCACGCAAUGUCUUCGGCUAGGUUGAGGUUCCAAAAUAGCCAUCCCACGGCAUUGCUUGCACUGUUGGUAUUGAUCGCCUGCUGCGCGUUGCGAGGCAUGCCAGGUUUUCAUACUGCCAACGAAGAGUGUUGCGUGGCACCAAAAUCCACUGUUGAUGCUUGAUUUGCCAGCGAUUUACAUCCGAGAUCACUUGGAGCUUUCGCUCUAGGAUCAGGUACCGAUCAGAUACUUCGCAUUUUGCUGUGGCUCAUCUUAUAACAGUCGGCGAAGAGUCAUACUAAUGCUGACCAGGCAUUUAGCGACUCAUAUAAGCGGACUAGAUGGCACGCUCAACCUCCUCCAAGGUUAUCACACCUUGGGUAUCGGAAGGAGAAUACGGCAAAUUUUCAGCGAGUCUGACGCUUUCACAGCGGGCCAUUUGGGAUCAAGUCCUGGCAUCGGUAGAGGGGAGCUCUUCAAGAAAGAACCAAAGUCGAACAAAGUCCGAGGGGCAUGAUGUAGCCUCAACGGAAACAUACCUUGAUCUGCUGCUCCGAGACAUCCUUGGGCUGUGAAAAGUUAGCAUCUGCGCGUAAACGGUAGACUGCGAAAUACAUACCAGGUUGCUGACAAUGACUUUGCUUUCACCAUGGGGGGUAGCGGCCCUGGCAGGAGCGGCCUUUCCGGCAGCACCGCGGGCAUUCUUGGCCUUGGCGGUCUUCUGGAUGCCGCCAACAGGGGCAGCGGCCUUGGGGCCAGCGCCAGCGCGUUGAGAGCGACGGCGACCGGCAGAGCGGCGUUGGGCAGAGAUAACCUCGCCGAGAGACUGGUCAAGCUUUCCAGACAUUGUGAGAAAUGUUAAUCAAAUGUAGAUAUUUGAGAGUGGUCGAAAAGGAAGGUAGACGAUUUGUUAACGCUCGGUUUUGAGGGCGAGAGUAUGCAAAUCGGAUAGUCGGGGUUGGUUGCCUAGUUGUGAAGGUAAACAAGGCAGAAUUUGAUGCGUGGUAGACGAGUCGCGAAAGCGGCAAGCGUUGUUUUUGUAUUGAGAAGGAAAAUACUUUGCGUCUGGUAGGAUUAAAAACGAUGGUAUGUGUGAAUAUCGCGAUCGAACUGGCCGUGCUUGGUGAACAGGGAGAGUUGGAUGAGGAAAAGACAAGAAACGGAGAUGGGGGAGUGGGCGGGCGAAGAAGACACAGGGGCGGACGCGGCGCAGCGUGGCGCUUCACCUUAGCGCCAGGUUGGAGUCACGUAAGCAAACUCAACCCAACAGG